AAAGCGCGGGAACGGAAUCCUUGUUCCCUCCAACUCUCUCUCCUCGGAGGUUAGUCAGGUUGUAAGAUCCAAAAGCAGAAAAAGGGGAAAAAAAAAAGGGCCCAAAUCUUAAACCACUCAAAAACCCUAAAUUCCUAAAUUAGGAUUGGAUAAACUUUAAUUCUAUGGACGAAUCAGCCGAGAAGAAAGAACAGGAAUUGGUGAUGGUCAGCGGCACCAACCAGCGGGAACGGCGGAGCGUCCGCCGGAGAUUGGUCCAGUCAACCUUGUUCCCGCACAAAUCUCCAGAAAUUGAACUGAAGGUUGACCAGAAGGCUAACGAAGGGAAGGACGACCAUAACGACGGCGAAGAUGAAGAGUUCUGCGGUAGUCAAGGCAAAAGGAAGAUAAGAAAACGUAAACAAAAUGUAACUCCUCAGAAGCGAGCUUCUAGAAAGGCAAAGGGGAAAUCGCCACUUAACACUACACCGAAGAAGAACGGGAUGAGUAAUUUGAUGGAGAGUGAAGAUGGCUCACCGCCGCCAAUCCCUAAUUUGAGGUUGGAGGCAAAAUUGACAGCUGAGGAAAAUUUACGGAUGUUUGCUGGAAGGCAAAUUCAUCCAUUUUUUGCAUCAUGUAAAGCGGGAAAGAGGAGCCAGGAGACAGCUGGAGUAGGGAGUAAUGGUUGCUUGAUUGACAGAAGUAACAAAUGCAUUAAUAUUGGUCCUAUUCAUGUAUUUGACAGAACUGAGGAUGAUGUAGUUCUUGAUUGGAAAGAUUGGACAUUUUUUGAGAAAACCUCUGUUGAAGUUGGUUGCACUCUUGAAGGCCUAUUCACAUCAGUUUUUAAAAGUUGUGCGGGGGCAUUAUGUCUUGAAAACUUUCCUGGUGCUUUACAUUCCUCUGAUACAUCAGUUGUUCAAAACAAGUUGUCAGAUCAAUGCAUUAUUCACGACAAUGACUUACUUGGAACAUCACUUGCAAUGCCUGCUGUCCUUGUAGAUGAGCAAUUGGAAAGCUAUCAGCUGUUUAAGAGCUCAGAAGGGGAAUGCCAAGUAGAUGAAAUUGCUGCCCUUUCUAAGCAGACUGAUAAUGUGGAAAAUUCAGAGCUUGAACAGCAAAGUAAUCUUCUUCAAGAAAGAUUUUUGCCAUGUUAUCAUGGUUGCAUUGUCCGUCCUGAUGAUAGCUUAUGGACAGAUAAGUACCAGCCAAAAAAGGCCACAGAGGUGUGUGGUAAUACUGAAUCAGUAAAGUUUAUAAGUGAAUGGUUACGUCUUUGGCAUGAGAGAAGUUUUCAAGCCAUCAAAGCCUCCAAUAACAAUGAUGAAGGCAACAUACAAGAAGAUGAUGACAAUUGUUGCGAAAGUGAUUUUGAUUCAGAAAACAAAGAUGGAGAGGAUAGACUGAAGAAUGUUCUCUUGGUUACAGGACCAAUUGGGAGUGGGAAGUCUGCAGCUAUUCAUGCUUGUGCAAAGGAACACGGAUUUAAAGUUCUGGAGUCCAAUGCAUCAGAUUGUCGAAAUGGAGCUGUUGUAAAGCAAAAAUUUGGAGAGGCUUUAGAGUCACGCUGCUUCACAGGGUCAAUAGAAAAUCCUGUAGGUUCACUUAGCAAGGAAGUGAUGAAAUCUUCAGCACCUUUAUCUAAUGGUGAAGCAGCACAAGAAUUUGAUGAUGAGGUAAUAGAAUUGAUACCAACAUCAGAUGAGGAAGAAUCAUUUGGUGCCCAUAGAGCAUCUAGACAACGUGUUUGUAAUGAAAGUGAGGCUGGCUUUGCUCAAGCUAAAGUUAAACCUUUAAUUCUCUUUGAGGAUGUGGAUAUCAGUUUUCCUGAAGAUCAUGGUUUUGUUGCGGCUAUACAGAAAAUUGCUGAAAAAGCAAAAGGGCCUGUGAUACUGACUAGUAAUAGUAACAAUCUUGUUCUGCCAGACAAAUUGAGUAGGCUAGAGUUAUGUUUUACAAUGCCAUCAACAAAAGAGCUGCUUCACCAUCUUCAUAUGGUCUGUGCAGCAGAGAAAGCCACCAUUCAACCAUAUUUACUGGAGCAAUUAAUUAAAUGUUGUCAGGGAGAUAUCCGGAAAACUAUCAUGCAUCUCCAGUUUUGGUGCCAGAGCAAAAAAUAUCGAAAAGAUAGGAAAUUGCAGAAGACUUACGGCUUGCUGCUGUUUGAUAUAGAGGUGGGUCAUUUGGUACUACCAACAUUAAUUCCCUGGGAUUUCCCAUCUCUGUUAUCGGAGUUAGUUGAGAAGGAAAUUGCUAAGACAUUGUCCAUGAUGGAAGAAAAUUCAACUUUAAUGGACGUUAUGGAGGAAGAACUUGAAAAUAGCAUGCCAAAUAGAUCAGAGAUGCAUAAUAAUGAGAUAGACAAUAUAGAGGCAAAGAAAGAAGUGAUGUUAAGCAGGAAUCUCUCUAUUGAAGAUUGUGGAUUCAUAAACCCUUCUUAUACUGCACAUGAGUUUUACAAUUCUUCAGGCACCCCAGUUUCUUUCUCUCGGAGAACACGCAGGAGGAAACUUGAUGUUGUGAUGUCUUCUGAUUCUGAAGAUGAGCACUUUAAUAAACAACCUUCUUUAGUCUCAGACAAGAAUGUAAACCGUGAAUUAUUCAUCGAAGAUUGUGGACUCCUUUCUCAUUGUCCAAACAUGCAAAAGUGCAUAAGCCCAUUAAUAGAUGAGCUACUUUGUUCUGAAGCAGAGAAACAUGAGGAGAGAGGUUUCCAAUGUUCAGAAACAGCAAUUAAUUUACCAACGGAAACUUGCAAAUCUGUGGAUGUAUCAUAUGUUCCUGAGUCAUCCUUUGUUCCUGAGACUGAAAUUGUCAAUGGGAUGGAGCUGUCUUCGAGAACUGUGUUUCCCGAAACAACUGAAGUCUCAGUGAGUUGUGAGUUCACAGAGAACCUGUUGCCAGUUGAAGCUAAUGACCCUGGUAAAUCUAUACAUAAUUUAGUUAAAGCUUCAGAUAUAUUAGAUAGUACAUGUAAUAUUAUUGCACAAGGAUCUCAUGAAAUGGUAGUGGAGAAUUCUGAAAAUGAGUAUGAUGAAGAUGUAUCAAGAGGGCAUGCAGUGAUGGAUGAAUGCAGUCGCAUGGAUUUCAACAAAAGAUCCUUUUCCAGGGAGAAACUUAAGAACCAGCUGGCCACUGAUUUAGUACAAAAAUCAUGGAAAAACCUUCGUGACAAUCGUGCUGAUCUAAGCCAUUAUGUUGACUCAGAGACAAAAGAUGCUCUUAAAAUUUUAAAACUUAGUUCCAGAAUAAGUGAUCUAAUUUCUCAAGCUGACCAAUUGCUUUCCAAGUGCCAGAUGCUCGAUCUCUUGGACCCGUUAAUGAUCCCUUCUGAGAAUUUAGAUGCAUUCAGCUGGUGUGACGAGCAGCUGCAGAUGGUUAACACAGUUUCACAACAUGGAUUUUGCUUGUAUGCUAAAAAUAUUGAUGCUAUAGGAUCAAAAAUGGGUCUUCAGCUUAGGGUGGAUUUGAGCCAGGAGAUUCUGGUCUCCUCAACUAGUACAAUGGCACUAGGUAGUUGGCUUGGACAGGGUGGUAGAGCAAGCAGGACGUCAGUUGAUGGAAAGGGUUUGGACAUGAGCCCAUCAAAAUGUGAGCUGUCAAUGAAAAGGGAUGUGAAGUCAUGUCUUUCCAACAUCAUUGGGUCCAUAGUCCCUUCAAGAUCACACUUGGCACUGAAGGGUGCUGCGUUUCAUGAAUAUAUUUCUUCAUUGCGAUGCAUUUCAAGAUCAGAAGCUUCCCGCUUAUCAGUAGGCAUGAACUGGACAAAAAGACGAAGGGCACGAGGUUCUUGGCAUUACUUGAGUACUGGUGCACUAAUGUUAUCUCCUGAAGAUAUUUCGUUGUUGGAUCAAUAUAACUUUUAUGGAAAGUUGUCAUCCAAGAGCUGAUGGUAGUUGCAGAAUAUCAUGAUUGAAGAAAACUAACAAAAUAAACAAGUGUUGGAUGGUAGUAUUUGUAGGAAAAGGAAUGUGUGGAACAGCUGCCCUUUUUGGUCCAACCUUUAAGUCUUGCUAACACGCCUCAAUAUGUGAAAGGUAGAGUAUAUAUCUUAAUCCUGGAUGUGAUUCCAUCCAUUCUCACCAUUGUAAAGCGUAUAGUCAUAACAGUUCUGUACUGGUAUAUUGAUAAUAAUAAGCAACAUUGAGCUAUACUUAAAUAAGAUACAUAAUGCAAUUUUUUGCUUA